UUUCACAGUAUUCACUGAGGAUUAUUAUUUUUUAUUUGUAAACAAUUACCGAUAAAGACCCCAAAAUACAUUUGGAGUAAAGCGCCGCACAUCGGUGGUACUUCAGAAGUAUACUUGGAGUAGAGCGCCGCACAUCGGUGAUGCUUGACAGGUACACUUGGAGCGUUAAGGGUUAGAUUGACAGUUACUGCAAAUCAUCCACCUCAAAGACCAUGGAUUCCAUUGACGAGACCGAAUAGGACGAGACCAACAUGUAUAUUCACAGUAAUGUGUUACAAUGUAUUAUGCGACAAGUAUGCGACUCGACAAAUGUACGGUUAUUGUCCAAGCUGGGCGCUCGAUUGGGAGUAUCGGAAAAAGGGGAUCCUCGAUGAGAUUCGACAUUACGCCGCGGAUAUAAUUAGCCUGCAGGAGGUCGAAACGGACCAAUUCUACAAUUUCUUCCUGCCGGAACUUAAACAUGAUGGCUACGAUGGCAUAUUUUCUCCAAAAUCUCGGGCGAAGACGAUGGCAGAGAAUGAUCGUAAAUACGUAGAUGGUUGCGCCAUAUUUUACAGAACAGCGAAAUUUACAUUAAUAAAAGAGCAUUUAGUCGAAUUUAACCAAUUGGCAAUGGCAAAUGCGGAAGGUUCUGACAACAUGCUAAAUCGAGUAAUGCCAAAGGAUAAUAUUGGAUUGGCUGCCCUGCUUAGGACCAAGGAAGCUGCUUGGGACAACGGCCUUCCAUCUGAUCCAGCACAAGUUCAACAACCGAUUUUAGUUUGCACGGCCCACAUUCAUUGGGAUCCAGAAUUUUGCGACGUUAAAUUAAUACAGACAAUGAUGCUCAGUAAUGAAUUACGUUCCAUUUUGGACCAAGCUGGCCAGUCUUUCAGACCUGGUCACAAGCCUGAUUCUUCCAAUGUUCAGCUGUUACUUUGCGGUGACUUCAAUUCUCUACCUGACUCUGGUGUAAUUGAAUUUCUUACUUCGGGACGAGUAGCGGCUGAUCAUCGUGACUUUAAAGACUUAGCUUAUAAAUCAUGCUUACAGAAGAUCUCUGGUUGCGAUAAACCUAAUGAAUUCACUCAUUCUUUUAAACUUGCAUCUGCAUAUAGUGAAGAUAUUAUGCCCUACACUAAUUAUACAUUCGAAUUCAAAGGUAUAAUAGAUUACAUUUUCUACUCAAAACAAAGUAUGGUACCAUUAGGACUUUUAGGUCCUCUAAGUGCAGAUUGGUUUAAAGAACAUAAAGUAGUUGGUUGUCCACAUCCACACGUUCCAUCUGAUCAUUUUCCUUUAUUAGUAGAGCUUGAAAUGACACCAACAGUAGGAACAAGCAAUGGAUUGAUCUCACGCAGGUAGCAACCGCUGCGAUCUAGGCCCAAAUAAAUAUAAGGGAAUAAUAAAAGAUAAUAAGAAAGAAAUCCCCAUCACAUUUUCUCUUACUUCUGGCUCUAGCAAUAUCACUCGCAGUCGACAGUUACUUCAAUAGUGAAUGUUACAAAUACUCCAUAUUACCGCACAUUCGACACAAGUUAUUAGAUACUGACGAAUAAUUCUAAUGACCAGGUGAUGGGAGGUGUGUUGUAAUGCGUUUAGCCCAUGUAUAGUGUAUUGCAUUUUUAAGAACUAACUUUCCCAUAUUAAGAGUAUUUUAACCUUUACUACCAUCGUAAUAUGUAGAUACCUA